AAAUGAGCAGUAAUUAGAUUACAAGUAAACUUCCAUUUGAUUAUCCAGAAAGGAAACACAUAAUGGUAUUUGAAUAGUGGUUAAAAUGUUUUGAAAGCAACCAGGAAUCACACGGAUAAUGACAUUAGAUAUUUGGUGGAUUUUUGGGGGGAAAUGUUACUUCCCCCAAAAAAUUAGGAAAUUGGUUUAGAUAUUUGCUCUUGUUUGUUUAAUAAUCAUGUUCAAAAGACUCUAAAAGAUCAUUUUUGCUUUAGUAAUUCUACCAAGCAAAUUACUCUAUACAUGUAUAUUUCAAAGGUUUUCCGCUCAACGUUACAGUAAUAUCCUUCAGUUUCAUGAAAGCGUUUUUGGUUCAGAGCACACACACACAAACAGUUAAACUAGAGGGGGAGAGUUCUGACAGAGUUUAUUGUCUUCAACACAGCGGGGAAUUUCAGACAAAUCCCUCUUAGAUGCAGGUGGUCAGGCACAAGCAAAGAGUUAAGUCCUGCGCUCUCUUUGCCCCUCCUCUUUGAUGUUCUGACAUCAUUAGUCCUGCCCCCCGAAAGAUCUCCUUGCUUUUCUCAGAGCCAGUCACUUCUACUCUAGAAUGUGUGCAGCAACUUCAUGAGCUGCAUCAGGCCCAGGUGUUUGGAAGAAAGAUAUGCUGUGAAGAAACUUUUAGUUCAGGGAACGCAGCGGAUGCCACAGGUGUAGCUGCUGGGCUCAACAGAGUAAUGGCUGUUCAGACUGCAAUCAUGAACCCUCAGUUCAUGAGUUUCUGCUUCCCUGGUUCUGUGAUGGAGUAUGACGUGGAGAAAAGCCUGGAUGGGAGUCUCCUCGGUGAGGCAGAAAAUGACGAGGACUACAAAGAGACCACUAGGGACCUGCUGAGCUUCAUAGACUCAGCCUCCAGCAAUAUCAAGCUGGCUCUGGACAAGCCAGUGAAAUCCAAGAGGAAAGUCAACCACCGGAAGUAUCUACAGAAGCAGAUCAAAAGGUGCACCGGCAUAAUAACACCAGGAAAUCUAGCAGAUGCCCCUGUUAAAAGACAGGGUUCCCCUCUGGCUCAACCCAGCCCUUUGCAGAGCAAAACUCUGCCUAAACGUGAUGGAGUCCAGGCAAACCUACAGAGCAAGAGCCUGGCAGCCCUCUUCAGCCCAGUGAAGGAUAUAAGAGGUGAAAAAGCUAAGAAACCACCCCUAAGGCAUCGCAAUCUGCCCCCUUCUUUCUUCACUGAGCCUGCCAACUGCUCCAAAGUCAGCUCCACAUCUGGGAUGACGCUGAAGGACUUGGAGCGAGGAAAUCCUGAGGCUGUGGAGUUCUUCGAGCUCUUGGGGCCUGAUUACAGCAACAUGGUCAGUGACCAGGACCUUUAUCAAAGUAUGCCGGUCCGUGUGCUGCAAGAGAUGGGAGGCCCGGAUCCUGCUUCAUACGAUGCUCAUCAUUUAGUUGGUGGACUUCUGUACUCCGAGCCCUGGACUAGCUGCUCAGGACCCUCUAAGAAACUAGAGGAGGGCCUGCGUACGGGCCAGGCCCAGCCUCCCGUCUACUGUCCUUCUGAGACUGCUUCUGGGUCCAUAGAGGACAACGCACUGUGCACUUUGCCCUUCCCAAACUUCUUCACAGACUGCUCCAUACCUCAGGUCACUUAUGAUUUAAGUGGUGGUUAUAACAGAGCUAACUAUUCAUCUCUAUGAGAAACUGUGCUUAGAAGAGCUGCUGGUGAAAAGCAGAAAUUGCUGUGAUAAGUUUAACAGUAGGCUAAGAGAAUUGGAUAUUACUUUAUCAUAAUUGUUCAUGUGUUGUGGAAGCAAUAUUGCAACUGGAUUUAAUCAUUUUGCAUCAUCUCCUCCGCUACAACAUGUGUCACUUUCCUGGAGAAAAACAAGGAACUUCAAAUAUUGUAUUUCAAAAUAAAUUGUCCAAAGCUUUUUCCCAGUUUAAUUAACUAUUCUGUUUAAUGUUAAGAUGUUUCACACGUGGAUAUUAUUUUCUUUAUCUCAGGCAAUUUCUAAUGACUGUGUAGGGUAAGCUUCAGUUUUGUAUGUGGAGUAAAUCCGGUCAUUAGUAUGUUAUCUUAAUCUGGGAAUUGCAGAUAUAGUUGUUGGUGUAGUCCGCUGAACCUCACUUAUUGCUUCAUAAUAUAGAACUGUUUGUCACAUUUGAAAAAUCAUGCUGACACUCAGCCAGGCACUUUUUCCUUCCUGUAAAUAACUGUUCUUUGAAGAGAGGAAAAUCAUUUUUGCUGAAAUGAUUAUUACAGAAAAGUGUGAUGCGAUGUUUGUUUUACGACAUUUUACAGCUCCGAAAUGAUUUUCAGCUGGCAGAUUUACCACUUGUAUCCAAUUUCUUGGAAAAGCCUUAAAUGUAUCUAGCUAUUGUAAGAGGAUAAAAUAAAGCUGGUCUUUAUUAUUGGGAAAA